AUUAAUCCUUAUUUGAUAGAGUGGUGGCGAAUUGUGAGGCGGACCGAACACGACACGGCGCCGGGGCAGGUGAGACUGUGACGAGAGAACCUGUGGCCACUAAAUUACACUUAAAAUUACACUCUACAGCAGGUGAAGUGCGCUGUGGACAGGAGAGAAGUAAGGCAGUGUAGCGUGCGUGUGUGUGUGUGUGUGUGUGGCAGCAGUGGUGGCGAGGCUGACGUGAUGUUUGGGAUCAGCGGUGGUCAGCAGGUGUUGUUGGUGUGGAGUCAGCCGGUGGAUGGCGAUGACCUCAAGAGUCUGGUGGAGCAGCUCAAGUCCACGGUGGGAGUGGGUGGUCGUGUGGCGGUGGAGAACUCCGAGAUGCUGCGUUCGUCGGGCCACGCAUCGAGCUCCCUAGACCACGCCCUGGCCUGCGUGCUGCCUCCCUUCGUGGCAGAGUGUCCUGCUGAUGUGCUAGCAGAGGUGCUGCGAGUGCUGCGUCCCGGCGGCCGCCUCACGCUGCGCACCACGGACGCCACUGCCCUGCGCUCCGCCCUCACCCUGGCUGGCUUCACCUCCGUGUCGCCCGCCGGCAACGCAAACCUCACUGAUGAGCAGAAGAGUGACCUGGUGACCUCCGUGGUGGAGCUCACCUGCAGGAAGCCAGACUUUGAGGUGGGGUCAUCGCUACGGCUGCCUGGAGCCGGGUCAGCGCCAGCUGGGACCUGGAACAUUAACCUGGAUGAUGACCUGGACCUGGCCAACCCCGAUGACCUGCUGACGGAGGAGGACCUGGCCCGGCCCGACCCAGCAGCCCUGAAGGUGUGUGGCACAACAGGCCAGCGCAAGGCCUGCAAGAACUGUGUGUGUGGCCUGAAGGAGGAGCUGGAGGGGGAGGAGCAGGAGAAGAGGGAGCAGGACAGGAACAACUUCAAGUCUUCCUGCGGCAGCUGCUACCUUGGCGACGCCUUCCGCUGCGCCUCCUGCCCAUACCUCGGCAUGCCGGCCUUCAAACCCGGCGAUAAGGUCAAACUUAAGGACACCACCUGAGCCACAUCACCACCACCACCGCCGCCGCACCUGUGAUACACCUGCCCCUCGGCCCACACACCAACACCACACUUGUAGGUAAGCACCCUUCACACACACACACACACACACACACACACACACACACACACACACACACACACACACAUACACACACACACACACA